AUGAGAUUCUCUCUCGUCGGUGUGGCCAUUGGCCUGCUCUCGACCUCAACCCAUGUUGUGGCUCAGACCUACACAAAUUGCAAUCCAUUGCAGAAGACUUGCCCUGCCGAUCCUGCUCUAGGAAGAUCGGUCUCGUAUGACUUCACUCAGGGUCCUUCGUCAGAUUUCUCAGCGAUUGGCAGUCCGACUUACGACGGUAACGGUGCUGCUUUUACCGUGGCCAAGCAGGGUGACUCCCCGCUGAUCCAGUCAAACUGGUACAUGAUGUUUGGCCAUGUCGAUUUUGUCAUCAAGACUGCUCCAGGCACGGGCAUUGUCAGCAGUGCAGUCCUGCAGUCGGACGACUUGGAUGAGAUUGACUGGGAGUGGCUUGGAGGAAACAACGCCUAUGUCCAGACCAACUACUUCGGGAAGGGAGAUACUGGCAGCUACAGCCGCGGUGCCACUCACGACAAUCCCGGAAACCAUGACGGCUUUCAUACAUAUACGAUCGACUGGACUAGCAAGCAGAUUGUCUGGCAGAUUGAUGGCAAGACCGUUCGGGUUCUGACUCCUGAGACUGCCGCAGAGAACCAGUAUCCUCAGUCCCCCAUGAUGGUCAAGGUUGGCGUAUGGGCUGGCGGUGACCCCAGAAAUGCGCAAGGCACAAUCCAAUGGGCUGGUGGCGAGACUGAUUACAGUGCUGGUCCUUAUACCAUGUAUCUGAAGUCGCUCGUUGCGACCGACUACUCGACGGGCAAGUCGUAUACCUACAGCGAUAACAGCGGGUCGUGGCAGUCUAUCACUUCCGAGGGAGGUCAAAUCAAUGGUAAUAGUGACGCUGAGUCCAUUUCAACAGUCGAAUCUGCCCCGCCUGUGACCGCGACAAUUGACACUGCUCCUAUUCCUUUCAGUGGUACGCACCGUGAAACGUCGAUAUUUGUAACUCCGAGCGUCUAUCCCUGGGUCCCCAGGCCGACCACCUUUGCUUCCUCGGUCGCCAAGCAGACAACUCUGCCCAGUGGCUGGACCUUUUCUGGUGCGCGACAGGUUCAGCCGCCCAGUGCGGCCUCUUCUUUUUCCCCGUCUACAUCAGCCUCAUCGGUCUCUUUGUCGGUUUCAGUGGUUUCCUUCUCCCCCUCCGCGGUUAAGACAAGCUUCGUCAGUUCCCGUUCAGCAUCAAUUGUGACCCUAACUACCCAUCGUUCAUCUGCUCCUAAGACUAAAGUGCACAAUACCCCUGCUGGUCCGACAAUCUCGUCGUCUCAGACAUUCGCUGCACAGGCUACUCCUUCUAUUGCUGCAGCACAUGGUCUGAUAGUACCAGUCAGAAUAAGUGCUUGGUGUGCGCUUCUGGGCGGCAUUAUGGCGAUUGCUUGA